GAUUGCAACUCAACAAUACGAGAUAACCAUUAAUCUCCUAGCUGUAUUCUUCGUAUUUCAAAUUCCGUUUCUAAUCUUUCAUCCACGGUUGAACUAUACGUAUUUUGUAAUUUGAUUUAUUCCUACUCCAACUCCUUUUCCUCACCUAACCUUUUGUGUAUACAAUUUCAGUUUUUUGUCUCUUUUAAUAAUUUAAAUGAGUAAAUGACGUCCACCCAGUACUUGUUUUAGUUAAUUCUCAGACAACCUGAGAUCUAUCUGCUUUGCUUUUUACUAAAGGAAAAAGAAACCACUUUUAUUCUGUGUUGUGGGGUUUAAGUUUUAAAGUAAAUGCCUUAUGAUGGAUGAUUGGAGGGAGCUUGUCUUUUGCGUGGGAUAGAAAUGAAUAAUGGAGUAGGUAAUGAUCUGGUUUCUGGGUUUGUUGGUUUCUUUGUUUUUUUUUUUUUUUUUAAAUAGUAGAUUCGGUUUUUGUUGAGUUAUUUAACUGUUAAUUUUCAUCAGUUCUUGUUUCUCUACAAAUUUUUUGUGUCUUUUAAGGAAUGUAAUGAUAAUAGUUUCAUGUUAUGCAAUCAAGCCAGAUAGUGCUGUCGGUGCAUAUAUAUAUUAGUUUCUGAAAAUUCUUGAGAAGGUUUUGGUUUCUAAUUUUGGUGAUUAAUGGAUCAAGAAACUCAUAAGAGUGAUAGAAUUGUUGAGAAUUUUAGUCAAGUUAGUAGAGCAACAGGUGAGAAUUCAAGUAAUCUGGUUGAUGGGGUUGUGCUAAACACUGUUAUGAAGAAAACUUCAGUUGAAACUUUGAGUCUUAGAAGAGAUAUUGAUGAAGUUGAGUUGGGUAAAGUUUUAGGAGAAGGGCAAAAGAGGGUUAUACAUCAUGAGACAGAUGAUAUGAGAAUAAUUGCCAAGAAUUUGAACAAUUUGGUUUCUGGGGUUAGGGUAGAUACAGUGUGUCUAAGAAACUCAGAUGAAAGUACAAGUUACAGCAGAGAACAGGGGGGUUUUGGAUUGAAAAUUGAUGAAUUAGAGUCAACUGGUGAUGCAGUUGUGGAAGCACAGCAUACACAUUGUCAGCAAAGAGUUGGGAGUCAAUUUGAUCAAGUGCUGGAGACUGUUAUUGUGGUAAAUUUGGAUCAGACUCUGGGUUUUAGCAGAGACAAUAAUGAAUUAGUAGAAGUAAAAGGUACUGAAAUGACCUCAAGUAAAGCAUUGGUGAAGAGAAAGAAUUCUAUACUGCAGAAGCAAUCCUGUGUGAUUGAUAUUAAAUGUGGCAGUGGAGAUGAAAAAGUAACUAAGGAGAGUGGGAUUGAAGAAAGGGUUUGUAGAAUUUGUCAGUUGGACUCUGAGCAAUCAUUGGAAACCACAGAUGCUACAGAUACAGUUGAUUCUUCCACCAUGGAUUUAAUUCAGCUUGGUUGUGGAUGCAAAAAUGAGCUUGGCAUUGCACAUAGCCACUGUGCUGAGGCAUGGUUUAAGCUAAAAGGAAACAGGCUGUGUGAAAUUUGUGGCCAGACCGCGAAAAAUGUCACUGAUGUCAGGGAUUUCAGAUUCAUGGAGGAAUGGAAUGAGCAUAGAUAUAUCGACAGCAGUAAUAGCUCAUCAGAAAGGAGAGGAUGUUGUUGGUGGCAGGGGCAGCCGCUUUGCAACUUCCUAAUGGCAUGCCUAGUGAUAGCUUUUGUAGUGCCAUGGUUUUUUCGCGUAAAUUUGUUUUGAUAUGGUCUUGAAUCAACCAAGUCCUAGUAGAUAUAUUCAUUCUCAGACUCAGGACUGUUGGUUGGAGACCACCAUGAAAACCAGGCUCUGCAAAUCAUGCAGUAUUUCACUUAUUCUUUGAUCGUGCUUUUCACAUAUGGAAUAUUUAUGAUAUUUAUUCAGGAGUUGCCUUUGUAAACACAAGCACAGAAAAUGUCAAAGUUAUUAUUUCCAUGUAUUUUUUUGGGAAAUAGCAUUUGGUUGUGUAAUA